AUGGCGAGGCUGUUCGCCACCGAGAGCUUCGGGUUCAGGGCGAGGGCGUUGUACGGGGUCUACGCCGUCACGGUGUCCGUGGGGAUAUGCCUGGUGCUCUACGGCCGGGCGGUCGGCGUGCUGAGUAGGGCCGCCGCCGGCGAAGCAGGCAGCGAGGCGUGGCUGUGGCUGGGGAUGCUCGCGGCGGAGCUGUGGUUCGGCCUCUGCUGGAUCGUCGCGCAGUCCGUGCGGCGUGGCCCCGUCCGCCGCCGCGCCUUCAGGGACAGGCUCGCCGCCAGGCUCGGCGACAAGCUCCCUUGCGUGGACAUCUUCGUCUGCACCGCGGACCCACGGUCGGAGCCGCCAAUCAUGGUAGUCUCCGCGGUGCUCUCGGUCAUGGCGUACAGCUACCCGGCUGACAAGCUGAGCGUCUACCUCUCCGACGACGGCUGCUCGGCCCUCACGUUCUACGCUCUGUGGGAGGCGUCCCGGUUCGCCAAGCUCUGGCUGCCCUUCUGCAGGAGACACAGCAUCGAGCCGAGGUCACCGGCCGCAUACUUCUCGGAGACCGAUGCUAAGCUUCGUGCUGGUGCGUUGUGCAGCGCCGAAGACUGGUCCCUAGUCAAGGAGUCGUACAAGGAAAUGACCGAGCGCAUCGAUUCUGCGGUCAUGCUGGCCAAGGUUCCUGAAGAAAUCAAAGCAAUGCAUAAGGGAUUUUACGAGUGGGAUUCUUCAGAAGUUACCUCGCAAAAUCACCAGCCGAUUGUUCAGGUUUUGAUUGAUGGGAAGGAUCGGAGCGUAGUUGACAACGGAGGAAGCAUGCCACCCACAUUGGUGUACAUGGCAGGGGAGAAGAGGCCUCACUAUCACCAUAAUUUCAAGGCCGGCGCGAUGAACGCUCUGAUAAGGGUGUCGUCGGUGAUAAGCAACAGCCCUAUCAUCCUGAACGUGGACUGCGACGUCUACUCCAACAACAGCGAUUCCAUCAGAGAUGCACUGUGUUUCUUCAUGGAUGAAGAAAUGGGCCACAAGGUUGGGUUUGUGCAGUACCCCCAGAACUACACCAACUUGACCAAGAAUGACAUAUAUGGUAACUCCCUCAAUGUCAUCAACGAGGUAGAGCUAUGCGGCAUGGACGGUGUGGGCGGCCCCGCGUAUAUUGGUACCGGAUGCUUCCACAGAAGGGACGUCCUCUGUGGAAGAAGCUUCGCUGAAGACUACAAGCACGACUGGGAUGACACCGGGAUCACAGCAGCAAAACCUCAGGAACGCAUCGACGAGAUCGAAGAGCAAGCCAAGUCUGUAGCGAGCUGCGCCUACGAGGCAAGCAACACGCAGUGGGGGCGUGAGAUGGGCGUAAAAUACGGUUGCCCGGUGGAGGACGUCAUCACCGGGUUGGCGAUCCAGUGCAGAGGGUGGGCGUCGGUCUACUUCAACCCGCAGAGGAAGGCGUUCCUGGGCCUCGCUCCGACGACGCUUGCUCAGACGCUGCUGCAGCACAGGAGGUUCGGCGAGGGCAACUUCUCCAUUCUGCUCUCGCGGUACUGCUCGGUGUUGUUUGGGCAUGGAAAGAUCGAGCUGCCGCUGCAGCUGGGCUACUGCAUCUACGGUCUAUGGGCUCCAAGCUCGUUGCCUACGCUGUACUACGUUAUCGUCCCCUCGCUUGGCCUCCUCAAGGGCAUCCCUUUGUUCCCGGAGAUCACAAGUCCAUGGAGUAUCCCAUUCGUCUACGUGUCAGCUGCGACAUACAUGUACAGCCUCUACGAGGCACUGAGCUCCGGGGUCACGGUAAGAGGGUGGUGGAACGGGCAAAGGAUGUGGAUCAUCAAACGAACGACGUCCUACCUCUUCGCCAUGAUCGACACCGUCUCGAGGCUGCUCGGACUGUCGGCCAUGGCGUUCGCCAUCACCCCAAAAGUAACCGACGAAGACCAGUCAAGGAGAUACGGGCAGGAGCUCUUGGAGUUUGGGGCCUCGUCGACUUCCCCCGAGCUCGUGAUCGUCGCGGCCACCGCGUUGCUCAGCCUCGUGUGCCUGGCCGGUGGGCUGAGCUGGGUCCUGGCCAGUGGCUGCGGCAGCACGAGCUGCCUUAGCGCGUUUUGUCUUCAGAUUGUGCUCUGUGGAGCGCUGGCGGCCGUCAACGUCCCAGUAUACGAGGCAAUGCUGUUGAGGAAGGACAGAGGGAGAAUGGCGUUCAGAGUCAGCGUGGCUGCCUGCUUUGGGCUCGUGCUGCCAGCCUGUCUGAUUUGGGUGAACGUAUUUUGA